GGCUCGAGAGCGCGCUCGCGGGCGCGCCUCCGCCCCCCCCCCCUCCUGGGGGGGGCGCUCCGUCCAUGCACCAUGGCCAUGGCGUAUGACUACUGCUUCAAGUUCAUCAUCAUAGGUGACUCGUGCUGCGGCAAGUCGUGCCUGCUGUUCCGAUUCGUGGAGGACAAGUUUGAUGAGUCGAAACAGUGUACGAUCGGAGUCGAGUUUGGCGCUCGAAUCAUAACGAUCGACAAGACACAGAUCAAGCUGCAGACAUGGGACACCGCUGGGCAGGAGGAGUUCCGCUCUAUCACAAGAUCUUAUUAUCGAGGUGCGUGUGGAGCACUAUUAGUCUACGACGUCACUAAGCGUGCCACGUUCGAGCGCAUUCGAAAUUGGUUUCAGGAGGUGCAGCAGUACGCGAACGAGCACAUUGCCAUCACGCUGGUCGGGAACAAGUGCGACCUGGAACCUUGGGAGGUCUCGUUCGAGGAGGGCGCUGCGUUCGCUAAAGAGCACGGCAUCGCGUUCCACCAGACGUCUGCGAAGACGUCCCUGAACGUGGACGAGGCGUUUCUCCAGACGGCUCGGACGGUGUUCGGCAAAGUCCGGAGCAACGUGUACGACCUCAGCGUCAGCGACAGCUGCGGCAUCAAGGUCUGCCGCCCGGCGCGACCCGCCGCUCACAGUCGAGGCUGCUGCAAGUCCUGAGGAAGAUGACAGACGGGUGCUGUCCGGGGGGGCAGGACGUCCUCCUCCCCGACGGUGGGCGAGCUGGUCCCCGCUCCACCCGCUGCUUUUCCUGCUGUCGGUUCUUUUCCUCCUCCCUCUCCUCCUUCUCCUCCUCCUCCUCCUCCGCCUCCUGCUACUCCUCUUCUUUUCUGU